UUUGUCAAUUGACCAAUAUACCCAUGAAACUAAUAAAACCUUACCUUUAUUGUUACGACUCCGUUGCCUCUCUCCCGACUGCUCUCACGUCAACUCUCUCCCUGCUCGCCGCCGUAUGCCGUCGCCGCUCCUGUGAGGCCACCGGAAGGAGACCUUCGAUAGCCACAGCUACACCGUCGCACCCCACCCCAGUACAUGUCAUUUUGUGGUGUUCAAGGAUGACAACAAUUGGAACAACAAUGGGUCAACAACCUAAUACUACUAACAAACCUGAAUCUAAAAAUGCUACUAAAAUUCAGAAUUCAGCUUCAGGGUUCAAAAGAUGGGGAAGAAAAGGUCCAUUUAUCAGAUAUGGACUUCCUAUGAUUUCACUCACUGUGUUUGGAGCACUUGGGUUAGGUCAUCUUUUACAGGGAAGCAAGGAUAUAGCUAAGGUGAAAGAUGAUCAAGAGUGGGAGAUUCUUGAAACUAAAAAAGCCCUUUCAAGAACAGGGCCCAUUGAAGCUUACAAGCCUAAAAACUUGUCAAUAGAGGAGGAGCUAAAGGCUUUACAGAAGAGUGUUGACAUAAACAACUAUGAAUAUAAGAAAAUUCCUAAGCCAAAUGAAGGUACAUGAGCUUGAAGGAAUGAAGUCUAGUUCUUUUUCACUUUUCCCUAAAUAAGCCACAUAUCUUUGAGCCUUUUUGUGUAGUUUUGUGCCUUGGAUACGAAGUUUGUAACAUUUAUAAGAUGCAUAAAAAGGAGUGGAACAAAACCCUUUUUUUCUGUUGAAUUUUGGUGGUGAUGAUGUUAUUUGGAUCAUUGGAUAUAUGUUGUUAUAGUUGGUUGCUCUAAAUCGUGAAAGACUCAUCAAUUUAGAUAGUUGUUAACAUGUUAUGUGUAUCAUGUGUGAUA